AUGGCAUUAAAUGGGAAAACUGCAGUAGUGACCGGAGCAGCGCUGGGGAUAGGAAAAGCAAUAACUGAGAUACUUCUGCAAAAUGGUGCCAAGGUAACCCUUUUGGAUAUAAAUGAAACUGCAGGGAAGACUUUAGAGGAAGCCCUCAACAAACAGUAUGGAGAAAAGAGAUCUCUGUUCUUCAAGUGCAAUGUUCAGUCUGAGGAGCAGAUCAAAGUUGCUUUUCAGAGCACAGUAGACACAUUCGGAGGGAUAGACAUUGUAUGCAACAAUGCCGGCAUCUUGAAUGAGAAGCAGUGGGAGAAAACGGUCUCCGUCAAUGUGGUGGGUCUAAUCAGGGUCAGCUAUGUGGCUUUAGAGUAUAUGAACAAGUUGAAUGGAGGAAAAGGAGGGACCAUCAUUAACGUAGCAUCUGUGGCAGGCCUCACUCCAGUACCAAGUUGUCCCGUCUAUACAGCCACCAAGCAUGCCGUGAUCGGCUUUACUCGAGCCAUGGCUGCUGCCUCGUCCGCCUCAGGCUACGGUUUAUGCUUCAGUGCAGUUUGCCCAAGCGGUGUCAAAACUGACCUCUUUGCCUCCAUCAUGGACAAUUUGGGACAAUUCUCCCACCUGCUUUAUUCUACUCAAAAUCCUGCAGUCGAAAGGGCAAUGAAUCCAUCGGAGGUUGCUGAAUGUGUCUUUGAACUAGUCACAGGCGAGGCGAAGAAUGGAGAGAUCCUCAUGAAGAAACAAAGCAUGAAGAAAUACAUGACCUUUCCCACACUUAUCUAG